AUGUCAGACUCAAAAGACUCCAAGGGCAAGGCCCCUCAGAAGCCCAACGAUGCGGAACAGACACCGGGCGGAAAGCUGACCCCGCAGGCGGCCGAGGCACUAUUGGAAAACAAUCCCUCCCUGAAGAACGAGCUCGGUGGGUUAGAUAAGGACAAGGCUUUGGAAGCAUUGCGCAAGAUGGAUAUAUCUGAACUUCUGACCGGGCUUUCUUUGACCGGGAAGAACAAGAAGGAUAUGGCCGCGUUUAAGUUCUGGCAGACGCAACCCGUACCCCGCUUCGACGAAGCCGCCAGCAAUGCUGCCGGUGGGCCGAUUAAGAUGAUCGACCCUGAGAAGGUAUCGAAGGAGCCGGAUGCGUUGAUUGAGGGCUUCGAGUGGACCACCCUGGACUUGACGAACGAGGAGGAACUUCGGGAGCUCUGGGACCUACUCACAUACCACUAUGUUGAGGACGAUAAUGCUAUGUUUCGGUUCAGAUACUCCAAGUCCUUUUUGCACUGGGCGCUCAUGUCGCCGGGUUGGCGCAAAGAAUGGCACGUGGGUGUUCGUGCGACCAAGUCGCGCAAGUUGGUGGCUUCAAUUUCUGGUGUCCCAACUCAAAUUCGCGUACGCGGCCAAAAGAUUAAAGUCACAGAGAUCAAUUUCCUCUGCAUUCACAAAAAGCUGCGGUCCAAGCGACUGGCCCCUGUCCUCAUCAAGGAGAUCACACGCCGUUGCUACUUGAAUGGCAUCUACCAGGCUAUCUAUACUGCCGGUGUUGUUCUCCCAACACCUGUUUCGUCCUGUCGUUAUUAUCACCGCCCGCUCGACUGGCUGAAGCUUUACGAGGUCGGCUUUUCUCCUCUUCCCAGGGGAUCUACCAAAGCUCGUCAAAUUACCAAGAACCAUCUUCCUAGCCACACAUCGACACCCAACCUUCGACCAAUGGAAGCUAAAGAUGUUGACGCCGUUCAUGAUCUACUGGAGCGUUAUUUGAACCAGUUUGAUAUUCACCAAGCCUUUACCCGCGAGGAAAUUGACCAUUGGCUUGUCUACAAAGAAUCCCCUCAAAAGGAACAGGUUAUCUGGUCGUACGUGGUGGAGGACCCCGAAACUCACAAGAUUACGGAUUUCUUCUCAUUCUAUAAUCUCGAGUCUACGGUGAUCCAACAUCCUAAGCACGACUGUGUUCGCGCGGCAUAUCUCUACUAUUACGCCACCGAGACAGCCUUCUUGGACGACCAGAAAGCUCUCAAGAACAGACUUCAGAUGUUGAUGAACGACGCUUUAAUCUUAGCUAAGAAGGCCCAAUUCGACGUAUUCAACGCACUCACUUCGCACCACAACCCGCUCUUCCUGGAACAACUCAAGUUCGGUGCCGGUGACGGCCAGCUCCACUUCUACCUUUACAACUACCGAACCGCCCCCAUCGCCGGAGGGGUCAAUGAGAAAAACUUGCCCGACGAAAAUCGGAUGGGUGGUGUGGGCGUUGUUAUGCUCUAGGCUCUUCUUCUCCUGGAUCGCUUCUUGUAUUCAUUUGUCGAAAUUUUUGUGGCUUCACGGGGCUCACCUGUAAUUAGCUAA